AUGAAUCAAUUAAAUAACAUUGAAAACUUGAAAUUAAGUCAGGGAAAGCAACUUUUAUUAACUUAGCCAUAUGAAAAUUGUCCUGUCCAUCCUUUUAACUGGAUUAGCUCACUUAGUAUAAACCCUAACUCCACUUAAUUUUUGUAAUGUGCUUCAUGUCUUUCAGAUAAUCCAAAAUAAAAUACACUUGAUCUAAUAAGACUGAUUGAAGAUAAUGAAAAGAUUGUUUUUUAGAAUUGGCCCGUAUAAGAUGAUGAUCAAUUAUAUUAAAAUCUAUAGAAAAUAUUUAAAAGUGAUUCUACUGUAGAAAAUGUUUUAGAAAAUAUAAAAGAUUACUUCUAAAAAUUAAGGAAAUCAGUAGAACAAAAGAUCAAUCAAAAGGAAGAUGAAAUGUGCAGCAAAGCUAAAUAUCUUUGGACUAUAAGUGAGUAGGUAGUAUUAAAAUAUAACCAAUUUUCUGAAAAAGAAAAUUUAAAAAAAAUAAUAACUACUUAAAAAGAUGAUUUUCACAAAUAAAAUGAGCUUUUUAAAGAAAUCAUUGUGAAAGUCUAUAAUAACCAAUAAGACUAUAAAGAAACUCUAUAGGAUACGAUCAAUAAGUUCCAAACAUAAAGAGAUAUGAUAAACUUUGAUACAGCAAACUAAAUCAGCUAGAAAUUAUAGUAACUUAUAGAUUCAAUUGAUAUUUUUGCUGUCAAAAACUUGGAAGAACUUAAAAUAAAGACAAAUGAAGAAGAAUUAGAUUAUUUCUUUGAUAAUAUGCACGAGGCUAAAAUAGAUGAUAUGACAACAACCUAGUUAAUAGUUAAACUACUUAGUAACAAGCUAAAUUAUUGCUCUAAAGAAUUAGCCUGCAAAUUAAAAGAUAUAUUAAAAAGGGUAAUGAUUGGUAUAGAUAGUUAGAGCAUAAAGGAUUAUAUUAAUGAAGAUUUAUUCAAAGUAGAUCUUCAUAAAUUAGGAGAUGAUCAAGUUGAUUUAAUUAAGAAAUUAUCAGAAUUCAUUAAAGAAUAAAAUGUUAAAAAUGAUAUAAGCAACGAGAGCAAGAAAACUCUGAUGAAUUUAAUUAACAAUAAAUUCAAUAAUUGUGAUUAAGAUUUCUUACAAAGCGUGUCUAAUUAAUUUGAAAUUGUUCUUCCAUUCAUAAACCAAAUUGAUUUCUCAAAUUAUUUGCUUCCUGAUAAAAAGUCUUUGAAUGGAGAAGAAUUAACUUAAUAGCAAUUAUCAGAAGUUUAAAAUCUAAUUAAUAAGUUAGAAUCUUCAAAUAAACUGUAAAAUUAAAAGUAAGAGGAAUAAUAAUAAUCUAACUAAAUAAGUGUUGAUACACUAAUUUCUUUGUUUGAAAAUAAAACUAAUUUUUGUAGUGAUAAAUUUAUUUAAAAUGCCAAAGAAGUUGCUAAAGAUUAUGAACACAUACUAAAUGAUUUAUUCUUAAAUUAACAUAUUUUUUAGGGAGAUAGAGAUGAAAUUUUUGAUUUUGAUGGAUUGAAUUAAAAGCAAAUUGAUAAUAUUCAAAAGUUAAUAAAAAAAAUAUGUUAAUUGUCAGAGAGAUUUGGAAGAGGUUAUUCUAAUAGUGAGUGCCUUUAAAUUUCACAAUAACUAAAUUCUAGAUUGAUAUUAUAAUAAUUUCUUUUAAAUAGCUAAACUUUGAAUAAAUUAUUUUUAGAUUUCCCUAUUUUAGACACCAUUAAAUUUGAAGAAGACAAUCUAAUAAAAUAAUAAAUAGAUUUCGAAAAAUAAAAUAUCGCAUCUAGCGAUGAUUUGAUACUUGAAAUGACUGAAAAAAAUACUUAUAUAGUUAAAUAACCAUAUUCCUUGAAGGGUUAAAUUUUAACAUCAGACAGUUUAGAUCCUUGUGAAAAUUAUAUAUUUAGAUGCAAGGUAAAUUAAUCUUUAGACUGUAAUGGCAUAGCAUUUGGUAUUAUGAAAACAACCAAUAUUGAUUAUAAUACUAUUCCUAAUGAAAAAUGUUGCUUUUAUACUGAUAGCAGAGGAUAUGGUUUAAACAAAAUUUUAAAAGGAAAAAAUCUAAAGGAUGUAAGAGAUGAGAUAGAUCAAAUAGAAAUAAGAAUAAAUAUCGAGAACGGGAUUGUCAUAUUUACAGAUUAUCCUAAUUACGAAAAUAUUAACUAAAUGAAUGAAUGGAAUAUAAAUAAUGAACAAUACUAUCAUUUUGGAGUUUGUUUUAGUAAACCUGGUGAUGAUUAUAAUGUUGAGAUUGAAGCUUUUACUGUAGAUGAUCAUAUUUAAUUAUUCUUGUUUAAUAAUAAUGAAUAAAAUAGAGGAAGAAGAUCUAGAAGAGUAUAUUGGAGAUGA